ACAAGGUUUGGAUUAUUUUUCGGCAGAUGGGUCAACAGCAUUCGAAACACUAGUAAAAUUAUGUGAUGAUCCGUUAUUGCUUGGCAUACCAUCACAUUUAAUUGACAAAUUAAGAUGCGCUCUACAUCAAUGUCGUAAUUAUUUGAUAACUGAUUACAAAUCACAUAUUUCACAAGAAUCUACAGUCCCAGAUCGUUGUACUGUGUUUGCAUUGUCUGAUCUAAAAGAAAAACAAUGGCAACAAAAAUGCGAACAUCAUCAUAAUGAUCAAUGCUUUUUAUUAGACGAAUCAAUACAAAAACUUCGAUCUCUAAUUGAAAAUCAACAAAUCCCAGACACUCAACGCUCAAGAUUUAUUUAUCGUAUUGAACACAAUUAUGAUUUAAUCAAACAAUGGAAAGCACAUUUAUUGCGAAGUGUACAUCAAGAUGAUGCACGAUAUGAUGUUCUGGAAAAUCUUAAUGCAAAAAGUGUUCUUUUGUACAUGGACUGGGCCAUGAAAUUUCUACCUAUGAAAUAUAGGGAAGCACAACGAGAAUUUUUCGGAAAACGCGGUCUCUCGUGGCAUUUAACAUAUGUGAUUCGAACUCAUCCACCGUCAUCACCGUUUUCAACACUCUUAUCGUCAUCGACAACAUCACCAGCAUCUGAUCAACAAUUAUUUGAACAUAAAACAUAUUGUCAUAUCUUCGAUAAUUGUAAACAAAAUGGGAAAACAGUUGUUAGUAUUCUUCGGGAUGUUCUUCUUCGAUUAAAAUCAUCAAACCCUGAAAUUGAAUUUGCAUGCAUACGUGUUGAUUUUUCUGAUCCACAAGCAGGAAAAGAGCCAUGCGAUCGUAUGGCUGCAACUAUUAAAUGUAAUAUUCGUCGUUACGUUGAUGAAAAACACAAUUGUACAAAUAGCCAAGAAUUUGUUGUGGCGGCACGUUCCACAAAAUAUUUAUCAAUUUAUCAGAGUUUAAUUCCGUCCAAUCCAAUAACAGCAUCAAAUCGAAAACUUGAGUGGACUGGAAUU